GAAUCGUUGGCCAUUCGGUUGACAUCGACAAGAACUGCCAGCGAGUGCUGUGCUCAAAUGAGGACGGCGCCCUGCAUGUGUUCCCUGAUUUGCUGCAGUUGCUGACGCUGGACGCGCGCGUGGCUGUGCUGAAAGUCAUGGACACCUCGAGCCUGGAGUUGAAGCCGCUCAUCGCCAAGUACAAGGCCAUGCCCAAGAUGCCCCAGCCGGAUGAUAUCAAGAAGGUCAUUAACCAACUGGGGAGCACUUUGCUGGACAAGCUCAUGGCCCGCAUGGAUGCAUUCGAGAACCUUUUUGUGGAGCAG